AUGCCUGAGAAGCCCCUCACAAUUGCAACCUACGCCGCAGGAGCCUCUCUCGCUGCCAUUACCCUGGUCUAUGUCUUUGGCCCGACGUACUUUCUCGACGACGACGCAAAUGCUGCCAGUAGUAAGAAGAAGGGCGUAGUGGGUCUCAGCAAUGCGGCCAACGACUGCUUUAUCAAUUCUGUGCUGCAGGCUCUUGCCGGCUUGCCAGACUUGCGCAUAUAUCUCAUAAGAGAAACGCACAGGCGCAUGCUCGAUGGACCAGAAGUGUAUGAUGUGGACCCUGAAAGAUUGAAUGCCGAGACAGGGACCGCAAGGCCCGCAAAGCUAGAGGGUCUGCAGCGAGGCAUCCUCACUCAUGGGCUAAAGGAGAUACUCGACAAACUCAACGAGCGACCUAUAUAUAAGAAGACCAUUUCUCCACAACCCUUCAUCCGGUCGCUCGAGCACGCGUUCGGCACCCGGAUCAGCCGGCAACAGCAGGAUGCGCAAGAAUUCCUCCAGAUAGUCACUGAGCGCCUAUGCGACGAGUACCAUGCUGGCGGAAAGGCCAGGCGACAAGCUACGCGGGCGGGAGUCACAAUCACAAACGGAGACGGCGCAUCGGAAAAGAGGGAGGUCCAACAGCAGUUUGGCGCAGCCCCUCCUGAAGGCUCGGGCAGUGGCGGUGUCGAGGAAGAGCUGGGGGAGGAUGAAGCGCCCGCAGACGAGGAGGGCUUCCCGUUCGAAGGCAAGAUUGAGUCACAGAUCGAGUGCCAGACAUGCCACUUCAAGCCGAAGCCUACCGUGUCGACCUUUGUCACCCUGACCCUAAACGUACCGCAAGCCUCCUCCACUUCGCUCAACGCAUGUCUCGACGGAAUGCUCAAAGUCGAAUACAUAGACGAUUUCAAGUGUGAGCGCUGCCGGUUGGACCAUGCGCUGAAGAGCAAAGAUCACGAGCUCUCACGAACAACCGAUCCAGAUGUACAGGCGCGUUUACAGUCAGAUAUCUCAAAGAUUCGGCAGGCGUUGGAGGAAGAUCCCGAGCAGCCUCCUGAGGGUGUUGAGCUUCCCGACACAAGCCAGGCACCCAAGUGUCGCAUAGCGCGUCACAUGUACAUCUCGCAGUUCCCCAAGGUUCUUGCGAUCCACCUGUCGCGAUCGACAUUCGCCAUCGGUGCUGCCUCGACGAAGAAUCUGGCCAAAGUCGCCUUUCCUGAAGGUUUGCCAUUGGGCGGAAUACUACAUCGGAAGAACUACCGCCUUCUUGGAAUGGUCACACACAAGGGCAGUCAUAACAGCGGUCACUACGAAUCCUUCCGUCGUCAAGUUCAGCCUCUCCCAUUCUCCACGAAUGCGACGCUCGGUACUGAAGGCGCAUACAGCCGGCAAGCCAGUCCGUACCCAUCAGCGGCACCAUCAGUGGCGCCUUCAGCCAUGCAAAGCCCGCGGAUAUCAGCACUCAACCUUCCCAGCACAAUCGAUCGUGGUUCACCGGUCCCAUCCACACCUACACUGAAUUCUCCCUCGACACGGUCGCUAUCUUCCCAAGAUACCAUACCUUCUUCGUUAAGAGGACCAGCACCAACUUCCGCGCCACGGAUGCCUGAUUCUGAUCCACUACAAACGAUACCGUCUUCUACGGAGACAGGAACUGGUAGCGAUUCCUUGUCACGUACGAGGAGUGUCCGAUCGCUGAAAGAGCGCGCAUCGGAGAAAGCGUCAUCAAUAAAAGAGUCGAACCCUCUGCGACGAAAGUCAAAGAAGACAAGUAAUAGGUGGUGGCGUAUAAGCGACGACAAGAUUAAGGAGAGCAAGACGUCAGAAGUCUUGAAUAUGCAGAAGGAUGUGUACUUGUUGUUCUAUGAGUUGAACAAAGCCUAG